CAUAUAUCAUUUAUACAAAUAUCCACAAAUAACAAUUUUUCCCAUUUUCCAAAUGGAUUUUCCACCACCGGACUUUUUCGCCGGCGUUUCCGACGGAAGACCAUCUCCGACCCGGAGAGAACUACAAGGUCCUCGUCCAGCUCCUCUUAGAGUCAACAAAGAUUCAUACAAGAUCAAGAAACCUCCGGUUGCUCCUCCGCCGCAUCCUCCGCCACAUACCGCCGCGGUAGCCCCGGCGGCGACGACCCAAAACCCCCAAACGGUGAUAAUCUACGCCGUUUCGCCGAAAGUGUAUCACACGACGGUUAGUGACUUUAUGAGUGUUGUACAGAGACUUACUGGAUCUACUACUUCCUCGAUGGAAACAUCGACAUCUGGAUCGGGUUCCGGUGAUGGGAAUCUAUCGCCGGCGGCGAAAUUGGCUUCUAUGGAAAAAGCUAGUAGUCCGUCUACUGCAAUCCCUCCGGCUGCUGCUGUUGGUAUGGAAACUUUUGAUUCGAUGGAUAUUUUGGAUAUACUCGGAAAUUCAAGCGUAGAAAUGUGUCAUUUCCCGGGGAUUUUGUCGCCGGCGCCGGCUACUUUACCGCCAGUAUCACCGCCGGGAUUAUUUUCGCCGUUUCCGACGGAUCCGUUUAUGAAUAUGUUAAGUCCAAGUCCGUCAACGUUGUUUUCAGCGCCGUUGAUUUCGCCGUCUCCGUCAGCUUCUGAUCUAUUCCAUCCAUUCUUUGACUUUUAGGU